CAAAACAACGGAGACUUCAUCAUUAAGCUCUUUGCAGUAACGAUCGCGGUAUCGGUAUGCGAUGAUACGUUCAAUAUUGAGCUCAAACAGAAGGACGCCGAAGUGUACCACGAGCAGAGCUUUGACAAAAAUGAGUUCAAUUACGGGUAUCAGGUGGAGCGAACAAACAGUCAGUUUCAACAUAAGGUCAAGGGUCCGGAUGAUGUAACGUACGGUUGCUACGGAUACAUCGAUCCCGAUGGUGAAAAGCACCUCGUCUAUUACAUCGCCGAUCGAUUAGGCUACCGGUUACUGGCACCGGAUCAACCGACAAAAGUUUUUACCGAUCGUGUAGCUAACAGUGUUAAUAAGCUGGAUGCCGAUCUUCAAGGACGUAAGCUGGAUGAGAAGGUUGUCGCUUGGAACGAUCUAUAUCUUCCCUCAACCUGCCGGCGAUUAAAUGAGAUUGUCAGUAUUACACCACCACCGACAACGGUUGGUCCUGUGCAGCAUCUAGUUAACAUUCCUCAAGAUGGAUCAUUGAUUGGAGGAUCUAAUGGACUAGGUACAUCUCAUAGACCUGGAGUUGAAUAUAACGAAGGAUCUGGCAGUGAAAAUCAGGAUAACACCAACUCCGGAAGUGGAAGUUUUUCAGGAGCAGCUAUUUUACCAAGUCUACCCGUUGUAGAAGUAUCAAACCAAGCGAAUCACUCAAGUUCUGGUGAGUCUGUCUCCAUUGAUUACAAUAAACCUGCAACAAACGAUGGUACGGCAGAUAAACAGAGUAUUGACGAAGCUAUCCAUCGUGCAAAUGAUGAUCGUCUUCGAUCUACAACACCUCACCCCAUACCUUUAACAACUCCGACAACUCCUCGUGCACAUAUUGAAAGUCACACAUCACAACAGGAACCUUUCCCUGCUCUAAAGCAGACUGCUGUUCCGCCAAGGACAUCAUAUCCUCCGGUAACAUCCAGUCCACCGAUAAUACAUGUUCCAGAUCAACCCCAUUCGCUUCCCACCCCUCCUCCAUCCAACUGUGGUCACGAUCGAUUUGCCCCGCGCCCAAAAUAUCCUAAUUCAAUUGCACAGUUCAAUGGGUUUGUGUUCCCGAUCAAUCGCAACUGUGACGAUAGUGGUCGUAACACAGCGGACCUGCUCGCACAAAUGCAAUCGCUUAACGAAAUGGUCCUGAAGGUGAGCAAUACACUUCACAUGUUGAUCGAAACCGACCGCAACCAUACCUCCACCAAAGACACCUGUGACCGGGUGCUGGAGCUACUCAACAUCCAGCAGCCGGUGCCGCUGCUAGUGUACGUACCCAUCAUGGUGCCUUACCUUGACGUUGGCAUUAACAGUGGUGCGAAGCCACCGGUUAACCCGGCAAGUUACGCAUUCGCCAAGACGUGUAGUGAGUGUAAAUAG